ACUAAACAGUCUGCUUCUCGCCUCCCUCUCUGGCCUUUCAUCAUGGAGUGUUUUAUCUGACAACAAACUUGAUGUGAGCCAGUCCUCUGAUGUCGCCACCAUGGAGGGGGAAACUGUCCACAUCGACUGCUGCUGGAAUGUGGACACCAAAAGAGUGAUAGUAAAGUGGCUCAAAGAGAAAGAGCAUGUUAGGACUGAUAUUGUCAAUAAAAGCCAAAGUCAGGGAUGUAUACAGAACAAAGAGUGUUACUGUUCAAUUCUGACCAUCUCAAAUAUUACAAGAAAUGAUUCCGGUAGAUACAUUUGCGAAGUGACUGUGGAUAUACCAAAGUUACAGCAGGCCGAAGGAAAUGGCACAAUCAUCACAGUUACAACCAGAAACAACAACAAGGCUGAUGAAGCAACUGAGGUUACUACUGGUAUGCCUGGCCAAUUUACCAUCAUCAUCGCUGCAGCUGUUCUGGCUCUGCUGGUCCUGAUCAGUGCCAUCUGCUUUUGGAGGCUAAAGACACGAGGUUCAGAGCGAGCAGCCAGGGUGAUCUAUGAGGUUCCUCAUAGUGACUCUGAGGGGGUGGAGGUGGGGGUGGAUGGACACAGCACCAGCUCCUCCAGAGGCUCUUCCCAGUGGUGCCAAGUGCCAGUGUAUGAGUCCUUUGACUACUUUGAGCGUGUGGAGACCAAAGGCAAUGGAUGUGGAUCUGCUCAGUGAAAUCCUCCUUCCCUUUCAUGCGUGUACAUACAUUUAUUUUCCAGCAAUUUUACCUCCAUUUGUAUAUACUAAGAUUAUAAAAGUGUAAAUAGCCGCUAUUUUUUGGUAAACACAGGAUUUUAUAAAUGAAGUUAGAUGAGUGCUUUUUGUUGGACUUUUUUAUGCUAUUACCUUAUCAGAUUAAAGCGGAAACACACAAGCAGUUUGACAAAGCUCUGUGGUAACUUUUCAGUGAGGUCAUAUAUGUGUGAAAUAUUGAUUUCACAACCAAGAUGCAGUCAGAGGGCGACACGGGCGGUGGGUGGAAACUGUGGUCUUCAGAUGGCUCUAUAUAAUAGGCCAAUGACAGGAAAUGGAAACAGCGUCUGUGACAGUCAAGGCUGCUGUCUCCCAUGCCUCCUCUUGUGCAUGUUGAGCUCACAAGGCACGCAAAACUCAUGUAGUGGCUUUAAAAGAAAAAUACUGCAUUAAUGUUAUUGAAAUACUUUUGCAUUU